AUGGUGUACGUCGCUCCACUUCCCUCGGCGCUGCCUCUGUCGGAUGGCCUGCGCAAGGACCUCCCUCGCGACGCCGCCUACUUUGGCAAGGAGAAUUGGCCACGAACUCACAAGCAGUCUAAGCACGCUUCCGGCAACAAGCAUCAGCAAGACGAUUCCAUCGUCGCUCCCGUCACCCACGCCCUCCCAGCUGCUUCAGAUUCCGACGCCGAGGUCGAACAAGCCACUGCCGCCGCCACCUCCAAGCCUUCCUCAGACGACGCCGACCUCAAGUCGUCUACCUCGGUCAGCGACUGGUGCGCACAAAUGGUGUGCUACAUUUGGUUCAGCGGCAUCGACAGCCACGAGCCCAGCUUCUCGGCUUCGUCGGCCGCCUCGAGUCCCACCACCCGUCCCGGCCGUCUCUCCAUCACCAACUCGCCCACCGCCAAGCGUCACUCCAAGAAGCUCAGCCUCGGCAGCCUUUCCGAAGCAGUCUCCUUCUCCGUCCGCGACCUCCACAACGCCGUCGAGGCACACGCCCGGUCCGCCGUCGAUGCUGGUAGCCGCUCGCGACCUACCGCCUCGGAGCGAUCCAACGACCCGCGCACGCUUCGCCUCUUCCCGCGCCGCCGCUUCACCGACUUUGUGCGCAACAUGCUCAACACCACCCAGGUGUCCAAGUCGGUCAUCAUCCUCGCUCUCCUCUACAUUCACCGUCUCAAGUCCAAGAAUCCUGGCCUCCGCGGCCAGGACGGCAGCGAGUUCCGCCUGUUUGUCACCGCGCUCAUGCUCGCCAACAAGUUCCUCGACGACCACACCUACACCAACAAGACCUGGUCCGAACUCUCGGGCCUCAAGCUCAAGGACGUCACCAAGAUGGAGAUCGAGUUCUGGCUCGGCCUCUCGUCCAACAUCCACGCCUCGGAUGCCGACUUCCGCAGCUGGAUCGGCACACUCGAGAUCCUCGCAGAGCGCCGCCAUCUCGCACUCUGCGCCCACGAGGCCGAAAAGGCGCGUCAGACGGCACUCCACCAGCACGGCCUCAUCCACUCGACCGCCUCGAAAUCGCACCCGUCGGCGUUGCUGCACCCGCACCAAGCACCCGGCCUCUCGGCCAUCUACGACGCGCCACGACGCAUCGCCAACAACUCGCGCGUGAGCCAGUCGCGAUCCUGGUCGCCCGAGGUGGUCGAAUCGCGCCAUCGCUCGUCACCCACAGCGGCUACGAGCCACCUGAGCCACAUGUAUGCGGCUGCCGCUGCGCCCGCCCCCGUAGCGGCGCUGGUGCCACGCUUCGAGAUGGACGCCGGCGUCCAGGCCAUCAUGAACCACGCAGGCUACCUCACCCCCGCUGCGUCUUCGGCCGACUGUGCCUCGCGCUCGCUGCAUGUGAUGCCCAACGGUGUCCAGCAGCCGGUAGCGUCGGUGGGUGGUGGUGCCAAGAGGAGCUAUGGUCAGUACGAUCAGACCAGCCCGCUGAGCGAGCCCAACUGCUACCAGACGCCCUCGCCCGAACGCAGCACCAAGCGACGCCAGCUCGACGACGAACGUGCGAUGCACACGUUCGGCGCGGCGGCUCGCAACUACGGCCUGAGCCCGCCUUUUGCGCAGCCGUGCCCACGCUCGGUGUUUGAGCCGCUGGUCUCGACGCCCAACACGCUGCUGGCGCCGUUUGUGAUGCAGCAGCCUGCGGGCGCGGCGGGUGGGAUGGCGUGCAAGCCGCAUCCGCUCGCGUACUGGCAGCUGGCGGCAGGGUACGACCGGGGCAUCCUGGGCGUGCACAUGCCUGCGCCCAUCGCGUGCCAGAGCGACUACUUCCACUGGCAGCCUGCGCACGAUGCGGCCGAGGUGAUGGCGAUCCGCAAGCCGCUGGCGACGACGACGCCGUACCCGACGCCUCCCAUCGAUGCCUUUUCGCCGCUCUACGCGGGCUACGCCUCGAAGCAGGCGCUGAUGCACGGGUACGCGCAGUAUGCGGUGCAAGCGCCGCACGCGCCGUUCAACAAUGCCGAGGCGCACUAUGUCGACCCGCUGCUGAUCCGCUACUGA